UUCUUCUACUAUUUUAUAAACCUUCUUCCACUAUAAACCUUUUUACACUUUUUCAUGGAUCCGUUCAACAACCCGGACAACCCGAACACUCCGAACAACCCGAAUAAUCCCAACAAUCCGACCCAACCUAAUGUUUUCUCGGUUCCGGGAUAUUAUCCGACGCUAGAACCGAACCAAUUCUCGCAAUAUUCAUCGAAUGCGUUUGCUUCAUUCCAACACUCGCCAAACCAAUUCGCUCAAAUCUCCCAAAAUCAAGCCCUUCAACAAAUGAUGAUGCGGGGUGCUUGGAACUUCCCACCCGUUCAACCUCAACCGAUCCCCACACCACCCGUUCAACCUCAACCGAUCCCGACCCAAUCCGAACCCGAAGACGAUGUGGAGAUUGUUCCCGAAACCCAACCGCCUAAAGGGAAAGGAAAACGAAACAAAGGCAAGCAAGUGGUGGGUGAUCAACCGUCGAAACCGAAGGCGACUAAGUGGACACCAAUCGAAGAAGAAGCCUUAGCCAAGGCUUUCAUUGGCACUUCUGACAACCCGACAAAAGGUAAUAACCAAUCGGGUGAGGGGUUUUGGUCCAAGGUAUUGGUCAAGUUUCUUGUCUUUAUGGACCAAGGCCCGUAUCGAGAUGUCGACUCGGUCUCCUCAAAGUGGCGGAAAAUGAACUCGUCCAUCAAUAGGUUUUGCGAGGAAUAUAAUAAAUUAUAUACAUGUGACCGUCGUAGCGGGUGGAACGACGAGGAUGUGUUCAAAAUGGCGUUGGAAAAGUAUAAGGAAAAGAAUGAGGAGUACAACGUACGUGAACCGGAGCGUCCAACGGGCCGAGACAAAUCAAAAAAGGAGCGGGCCAAGGGAAAAGAAAAGGAAAAGGUGGACCCGAACAUGGUUGAGUUUACGGAACACUUCAAAAUGUACAACGACGUCUCGGCCCAAAAGACGAAGGCGAAGGAGCGGGCCGUCGAAGAAAAAAGUCGUGUAUCGGAAGAAAAGUUACGCGAGAAGAUGUCUGAAUGA